GCGAGACGCGACUGCGCGCAGAGGGGAGGCGGGCUCUGAGGCCCCGGGAAUGCGCGCGCGCGCGCGGCGAGGGUCUUAUGCAGGGGCCCACCGCGGCGCUGCUCCUGAGGGCAGGGGAGCUGGGGGCCGCAAAGCAGGACUCCACCGCCUGGUUUCGCCAAGAGAGGGGCCCCGGGUGCAGCUGGCCACGGAAGCCGCAGCCGCUCGAGCGCCGCGCCACUUCCCCCGCCCCAUGGCCGAGGGCGCGCCACUCCGAGUUCCGGCUUCCAGAGGAGGCUCCGGCACACGGCCAAGACUGGGUCUGCAGUCCAGCCUCAGCGCGCCGGCUAGACUGCGCCCUCCAGCCCUCGGCCCACGACAGCCACGCCCAGGGCGCCGUGGAUCCCCGCCCCGCUGGGCCCUCGGCUUCCCCGGCCCAGGAACACGCCCCGCCCCAGGACGGUUCUCUUGUCCUUUGGCGAGGAUUCUCCAAGGCGUCUCAACACAUGGGCCGGCUCAGAAACGCCAAGAUCCACGUGGAGAGAGCUGUCAAGCAGAAGAAGAUCUUUAUGAUCCAAGGUCGCUACCCUGUGAUCCGGUGCCUCUUGCGCCAAAGGGGCUGGGUGGAGAAGAAGAUGGUCCAUCACUUGGGUACCACUUUGCCACAGCCGCAUAAGGAUCUGGACAGCUCAGUAAUGGGUGACAGUGACACCACUGAGGAUGAGGAUGAAGAUGAGGAGGAGGCAUUCCGGCCACCACAGCUGUUUGACUUCGAUGAGUUAUUGGAAUUUGAUGACCUACAUGGGACACAUGCUCUGAUGUCACGUAUGGUUCGGAACGAGAUCCCCUACUUCAUCUGGACUACUCGUCGGGACAUCCUGGACUGUCGUUUCCUCUCCAAGGAUCAGAUGAUAAACCACUAUGCUCGGGCAGGCUCCUUUACCACAAAGGUGGGUCUGUGUCUCAAUCUCCGGAAUUUGCCGUGGUUUGAUGAGGCUGAUGCCGACUCCUUCUUCCCGCGCUGCUACCGCCUGGGGGCUGAGGAUGACAAAAAGGCCUUCAUAGAGGACUUCUGGCUGACAGCUGCCCGCAACGUUCUCAAGCUGGUGGUAAAGUGCGAGUGGAAGUCAAACUCUGUUGAAGAAGAAGAGGCCCCAAGAGACAAGCAGCCGAGGAAACAGGAGAAAAAGCCAGUGUCGGUAUCCCCAGAGUUUGUGGAUGAGGCUCUGCGUGCCUGCGAGGAGCACCUUAACAACCUGGCGCAUAUGGACAUCGACAAGGACGUGGAGACCCCGCUCUACCUGAGCCCCGAGGGCUGGUCCCUCUUUCUCCAGCGCUACUACCAAGUGGUCCACGAGGGGGCAGAACUCAGGUACCUCGACACUCAGGUCCAGCGCUGUGAGGACAUCCUGCAGCAGCUGCGGGCUGUGGUGCCCCAGAUGGACAUGGAAGGAGAUCGCAACAUCUGGAUCGUGAAGCCAGGAGCCAAGUCCCGUGGACGAGGUAUCAUGUGCAUGGACCACCUGGAGGAAAUGCUGAAGCUGGUGGACUGCAACCCCAUGAUGAUGAAGGACGGCAAGUGGGUGGUGCAGAAGUAUAUCGAGCGGCCCUUGCUCAUCUUUGGCACCAAAUUUGAUCUGAGACAGUGGUUCCUGGUGACCGACUGGAACCCACUUACCGUGUGGUUCUACCGUGACAGCUACAUCCGCUUCUCCACACAGCCCUUCUCCCUGAAGAACCUGGACAACUCUGUGCACUUGUGCAACAACUCCAUCCAGAAGCACCUGGAGAAUUCAUGCCACCGGCACCCGCUGCUGCCCACAGACAACAUGUGGUCAAGCCAGAAAUUCCAGGCCCACCUGCAGGAGACGGGGGCCCCGAAUGCCUGGUCCACGGUCAUGGUGCCCGGCAUGAAGGCCGCCGUGAUCCACGCCCUGCAGACCUCCCAGGACACCGUGCAGUGUCGGAAGGCCAGCUUCGAGCUCUACGGCGCUGACUUUGUGUUCGGUGAGGACUUCCAGCCCUGGCUGAUCGAGAUCAAUGCCAGCCCCACCAUGGCACCCUCCACGGCUGUCACUGCCAGGCUCUGCGCCGGCGUGCAGGCCGACACCCUGCGUGUGGUCAUCGACCGGCGACUGGACCGCAACUGUGACACAGGGGCCUUUGAGCUCAUCUACAAGCAGCCUGCCGUGGAGGUGCCCCAGUAUGUGGGUAUCCGGCUUCUAGUAGAGGGCUCCACCAUCAAGAAGCCCCUGGCGAUGUGUCACCGGCGGAUGGCGGUCCGCCCAGCCCUCCCUCACCUGCUGGCCCCGAGAGGCCCUGGGGAAAGCAAGGACUCAGGAAGCCCCGUCCACAGGUCAGCUUCUAGGAAAGUUGCUGGGGCCAGAAGCCUGGGGCACACUGAGAAGCCAGAUUCCACUGCCACCACCGCAGCCCCUGGAACGGGGAAGAAAGGCAAGGCGAGAGGUGCCACAGCCCAGGGCCGCCCCAGUCUCCGGAAGUGGGGCACCCCCAGCGCGAGGGUGGGCUGCCUUUUUACCAUGGCCUCAGCUAGCAGGGACAGGCAUCCCCACUCCUUGAACAGAUCGCCAUUGAGUCUGAAGAACCCGCAGGCCCUGACCCCUUACCACUCCCCAAGCCUCCACAGCAAGGCCCAGCUGCCUUCUCCCCAAGUGCCCUGGCCCCAGGGGCAGGUCCUCAGACUACAGCACAGCAAGCUGGCAGGCACCAAGGCCCUGUCGACCACAGACAAGGCCUUGAUGACUCUACCAACCGCCAAGGUUUUGAUUUCCCUCCCACCUAACCCUGAGCUCAAGCUGGCACCCAACGCCCCGAAACCAAAAAAGGUGGGCCUCAAACUGUGACCAGUAUCCCGCUGGGCAGUGCUGGCUACCCAGGUCAGGGCUGGAGGGCACAGGCAGAGGGUAGCCCCCAGGCUGGCCUGUGCCCCAAGGGAAGGGCUUGCAUCCCUCAGGACCCCCUUCCCAAACAGAUUCCUGAUCAUCUCUCCUCCUUCUCCCCUCCUUUCACACGGAGGCUCUUGCUCCCCAGCGCCUUCAUGGUCCCCACUUUGGAAGUAAUGUGUGGUCUCAACCCUUUGAAGACGGAACUCUUCCUAGCAUCUAUAGGAAGAGCAAGACCAAAGGCAAAUGCAAGGCCAGACUCUGUGACAGA